CGCGUGGCGCCCGCCCGUGCCGCCGCCAGUCCUGCCGAUUUUCAGCGCGACGAUCGGCCGAUCGGAUUCGCGUGAGGAGGCGAUAGCCGCAGGAGUGAAAAGUUUCGCGCGAAAUCGUCCGAGCACGCGAUCUCCACCGAUGCUGUCCCGCCGCGCGACACGUUUUCGUUCGCGCGAGUAGAUUUUUUUUUUCUUUUUUAUGGAAAACCGCGGAAACGGAAACGCUGUGGUACCGAUCGACGAGCGGGACUUUUUAUAUGUAGAGAAGAAGCGUGAGAUAACACGCGCGCGCGAUUACAGUGUGACACGCAAUUAGGAUUCCUCACGGCAGAAUGGAUAAAGACUACUGUCGUCGGAAGUACAGAAAAAUGCGAUGUGCUCUGCUACACCUGCUGCUCAUAGUGGGCGGUGCAACAGGUUUGAAAGAUCUGACGAUAAACGUACCGGCUAAGGUGAGAUCAGGCGAUACCGUAACAUUGUCGUGCCAUUACGACCUGGAGGGUUUACCUUUGUACAACGUACAAUGGUUUCUCAAUGAUAAUCAGUUUUACCGCUACUCACCGGAGAAUCCAAAACCUUACAGUAUCUACGAUGUGGCUGGUAUACAAGUCAAUAUCUCCAAAUCGAACUCGCACGAUGUAACAUUGGUGCGCGUGUCCAGAAACCUCACCGGGAUGUACAAAUGCGAGGUGUCGGACGCCAUUACCUUCCACACUUUGAUCGAAAGGGCCAAGAUGGAAGUAGUGGACGCCCCAAAAACGGAUCCUAUGAUUCGUACCGAGAAGGAGCGCAUAACGGUGGGCGAGACGCUGCGAGUGAACUGCACCUCAGGCAACUCCCGGCCCGCCUCCACCGUUACGUGGAAGCUCAACGGGGAACCCAUUGAGGAUAACACAAUUAAGUACAAAAUACGGAGUUACAAAUAUCCUCAUGAAGAGGACACGGAAUCUACAAAUUCACUAAUAGAAUUUCGAGUGACAACUGAAAUGUUCCGCUAUGGGCAUUUACAUUUGCGCUGCACGGCCUCCAUUGCAGACGUUUAUCGGAAAUCAGCGGACAUCGAUAUCAGCGAGGAUGUGCCGCGUAUUGCAUCGAUCACCGGCGAAUCACCACCGUAUAAUAACCGAGCAAACGGAUGCGCCGGACAGAAUUGGCCCUGGAAUGGUAAUCGCGGCGCGGCUAUAAUAAUGGCUACCGUGGCGGCAACCCUGUUCCUGAUGAUGACAUCGCUGACGAUGACGGUGCCCCCGAUAACGAAUGUACUGCCGAGAAGCGAGCCGGCGGUUAUUAGCAGGUAGCUCACCGGCGCCCUCCAUGAAGAUAUCGCUGCCAUUGUCUGAUCCGAUUACAUCGUCCAUGUAAAACCUAGUAGUCUAGGGCUUCCAGUUAUGUAUGUUACUAUGUAUAGGAUAGAUAGUCGAAUAACCAUGAUUUUUAUUCUCGAGGAGCCUAUAAAAAUGAGGAGGAUCGGUGAAACGCCAAGCGGAUCGACGCGAGAGUAUGCGUAAACUCAUAUACACAAGUUACUUUUGAACAUGUUGUCUUUUGAUGUGAAUUGUUGAUAUUAAGAGGAAAGAAAGAGAAAAACAAAAUGAAACAUAGAACAAUUUGUCCGUUUGUCCGCGAUCCGAGACAGGAGUAAUGGCUACACGCAACGAGGUGAGCAUGAAAUUGUUACAGGCCGAAAAAUCAGCUUCAUCGAGUGAUCAAGUGAUCGGGAUUAGAGAGUGACAGAUGUUUCGAUAGCGGAGGGAGUGGCGAGAAAACGAUGGAGAUUCGACAUUAUCGUUUUACGUUAAUUUGAAUUUCUUCGACGGAACACACGUCGGCUGCUAUAAAUGCGACAUUUAUUAGUGAUCGGAGAGUGUUCACCAAGUGUCAAAUAUAGAUUAUACAGGGGUAACUAUAUAAUAACUGAUAUUAUAACGUUAGCGCAGUAACGAGCGGCGUUCUGCUCAAAUAUUUGCUCCUUUUAUGAUGUCUAACAGAAAAAAAAUGCAUCAAGAUAGGUACCGAUUUGUAAUCUGUACAAAUUGUAAUAAAUUAUAAUAUGA